GAAAUGGUUCGCGUUAUAAUCAAAGGUGGUGUUUGGAAGAAUACUGAGGAUGAAAUUCUUAAAGCGGCUAUUAUGAAAUAUGGCAAAAAUCAAUGGAGCCGAAUUGCCUCUUUGCUUCAUCGAAAAUCCGCAAAACAGUGCAAAGCUAGGUGGUAUGAAUGGCUUGAUCCACGAAUUAAAAAGACGGAAUGGUCUAGAGAAGAGGACGAAAAACUUCUCCAUUUGGCCAAAAUUAUGCCUACUCAAUGGCGUACAAUUGCUCCAAUUGUUGGAAGAACUGCUGCACAAUAUGAAUAUCUUCUUGACGAAGCCCAACGUCGUGCUGAAGGUAUUGAAGAGGAGGAUUCAUUAAAAGAGGCCAAGAAGUUAAAGCCUGGUGAUGUCGAUCCUACACCAGAAACUAAGCCGGCUAGGCCUGAUCCUAUUGAUAUGGAUGAAGAUGAAUUGGAAAUGUUAUCAGAAGCACGAGCUCGUCUAGCCAACACACAAGGAAAGAAAGCAAAGCGCAAAGCUCGUGAAAAGCAAUUAGGAGAGGCUCGAAGACUUGCUUCUCUGCAAAAACGAAGGGAACUUCGAGCCGCUGGAAUAAUUAUUGGAUCUGGUUGGGCUUAUAAAAUGAAGAAGCAUCGUCUAAUGGAUUAUAAUAAUGAAAUACCCUUUGAAAAACAAGUCCCAUCAGGGUUUCAUGAUCCAAGUGAAGAUAAAUUUGAUAAGGCACAAAAAACGAUGGUUGAAGAGAAGAGACGAGAUUGGCAGGAAAGGGAUGAUAGGAAGGCGGACAAGGAUAAGCUGAAGAAAAGAAAAAACGAAGACUUGCCCGAAUCCAUAUUUGGUGAAAAACAUGAAAAGAAGCGAAGCAAACUCAUUUUACCAGAACCACAAAUUUCUGAUAAAGAAUUGGAAGAUAUAAUAAAAAUUGGACAUGUAUCUGAUUCUGUUAGAGAAUUAGUUGAUGAUAAUCCUUCUAGUACUCUUCUGCAUGAUUAUAACGAAUCUGCAAGAAUGAACGCAUUUUCGGCUAGGACACAAAGAGCUGCUGUUGGUGAUGUUGAUACUGUUGCUAGGGCAGCCGAUGAUCUAUUAGCUCUUAUAAACGUAGAAACACCACUUAAAGGAGGUCUCAACACUCCUCUUCAUAAUCACGACUUUAGCGCUCCGGGAAGUCAACGUCAACCAAUUUCUACACCAAACACUGUUCUUUCUGCAAUGGCAGCAACUCCAAAGAAUGUUGGGGUUGGACAAACUCCUGGUUCUCAACGAACAUUAGCUGCUUCAACACCUGGCGGCGCUUCUACAACAACAAUAGAAAUGAAUACACCAUUUAGAGACCAAUUAAAUAUAAACCCAAUUUCUGAUGAAACUAGACCUUCUAAAGAAGAAUUACAACAACAAUUCUAUCAAUUACCUAAACCUAAAAAUGAUUUUGAAUUGACUGAAGUUGGGGAUGAAGAUGAUGAUUUUGGUGGAGAGGGUGGAUUGAGAGAGGUUUUUUUAAAGUCUAAUAAAGUUGGGAGAGUUAGCAAUUCUAUAGGUAUUGAAGAUUUAUUAAAAUCAUGUUUUUGGUUCAACAAAAAAUAA